AUGCAUCGAGUGUGUCGCUUCUGCAAAAAACAAUGCAAAAAUGGCAGUGGACUCACCAGACACCUACGAGGUUGCAGAAAGCGAAAACCGAUCCUUCCACACGCGUCUUUCGAUACCACGGACCGCGACAUAGUUGGCAGCAUCAACAAUCUGACAGCUCUGAUCACCGUAAGAGAAGGAGACACACAUCCACCCGAAGGUGAUACGACUGCGGAUUCGAUACCAUGGCAGCAAUUGGACGAGCAGGAGAUAGGGGAAGAGGGGACAAACGCGGUGCAAACAAUGAACCUGGAUGAUGAGACAACAGCAACCCCCACCUCUGCAAUAGGCUCAAGUUGCAGUACUACAAUUUCGUCUUUGACAGUUGACUCUGUAGAACCGUAUCCGGGAGAGCGGGGCGCUGGGAGGCCGGUGGAACUACAAUCCGGAUCGAAGCCUCUUAGUCAAAUGGAAUCGAUGUCCAAUUACCGGACUGGGUCGGACGUCGGGUCGAUGUCCGACACGGACAAUUUUUGGAAUCCAUUUGAAUCCCGGGAAGAUUAUGCGCUGGCGCUGUGGUUCCUUGAGUCGGGACUCUCCGACGGUGACAUUGAUAAGUUCUUUCGCGACGUCCAUUUGCAGCGAUUCCGAGACGGCUGUAGCUUUGACGGCGCGAAAUCAUUGAGGUGUAAGAUGCAGAACAUGCGUGGCGGUGGCAUCGACGGCGGCUGGACCAGCCAGUCUUUUGAAAUUCACAACUCCGGACCCGAAUUGGGGUCGAAGACAUACCACGUCAUUUACUUCGACAUUGUAAGCAUCAUCAAAGCGUUUCUAGCACACGAACCUUUCAGCACGAGCCUAUAUUAUCGACCUGUACGCCAAAGGAACGCUAAUGGAGCGAGAGUCUACAGCGAGAUGCAUACCGCGGAUUGGUGGUGGGAAACGCAGGACAAGCUACCUGAUGGCUCUACCGUCGUUCCCAUCAUUUUGGCAUCGGACAAAACUCAUCUCUCCCGGAUGCACGGGGACCAACAUGCUUGGCCGGUCUACAUCACGAUUGGGAACCUUCAACGAGACGCGCGACGCGCGCAUAGUAGACCGGGUAUGGCGAUUCUGGGAAUGAUACCGAUUGUUGCGGAAAAAGAAGCCAAGGCCCAGGUCUACCACUACGCCUUGGGUUUGAUGACCGAAGGUAACUUCUCGUGCUCUCGCGGCAUGCUAUCUGCUGACGAAGUGUAUUCAGCAAUCAAAGAACACUCCGAACAUGGUGUCAACAUACAAUGCGCGGACGGCCUGACUCGAAGGUGUCAUCCAAUACUGGCUGCUAUGACACUGGACUACGAGGAACAGGCGAUGGUUACUUCAAUCUUGAGCGGCAGACACUGUCCUACAUGCACGGUCCCACCCACAGAGAGGGAGCGAUUAUGCCCCCCAACCCCAUAUCCUAAGCGAACACCCGAGCGCACGGCCGAGCAGCUGAGACUGCAAAAGAGGUAUACCAAAAAGACGCCGAAACACUUGGCGGGAUAUGGUACUCCACGACCGCCGUCCUUUUACCGACGGCCACUUCGCUGUCGACAUAUACCGGCUGCAAUGCUUCGACAUCCUGCACUCCUUGAUGGUCAAGGGACUCAUAGUGUUGGUAAUACCUGGGUAUGCAGUUACUGCUAUAAUGAGACUUAUCACUAG